UUCGGCUAUCUAGUUCCUUUUUCUGACUCGUCACCCCAGAGAGGGGAAAAGGAUGUCAUCAGGAAGUCACCAGCAGAAAAGAAAUUGUGAAAGAGACUUCACUGUAAAAAGGGCAGCCCACAAGCACCUCCACCUUCAGAGGAGACUGAGCUCCUCAGAGGGCGUGUCUGAAGAGUGGACCCUUGUGUCUGUCCACCAAACAUGGAACCAAAGCGGAUCAUGGAAGGCUAUCUUGUGAAGAAGGGAAGCGUGUUUAACACCUGGAAACCCAUGUGGGUUGUACUGUUAGAAGACGGAAUUGAAUUUUAUAAGAAGAAAAGUGACAACAGCCCCAAGGGGAUGAUCCCACUGAAAGGAAGUACUCUCACUAGCCCCUGUCAAGACUUUGGCAAACGGAUGUUCGUGUUAAAAAUCACUACAACCAAACAACAGGACCACUUCUUCCAGGCAGCCUUCUUGGAGGAGAGAGAUGCUUGGGUUCGGGACAUCAAGAAAGCCAUUAAAUGCAUUGAAGGAGGCCAAAAGUUUGCAAGAAAAUCCACAAGGCGGUCCAUUCGUCUACCAGAGACAAUUGACUUGGGGGCUUUGUAUCUGUCUAUGAAAGACCCUGAAAAAGGAAUAAAGGAACUGAAUCUGGAGAAGGACAAGAAGGUUUUUAAUCACUGCUUCACAGGUAAUGGUGUCAUUGACUGGCUGGUUUCUAACAAGCAAGUUCGGAAUCGCCAGGAAGGACUCAUGAUCUCUGCCUCCCUGCUCAGUGAAGGGUACCUACAGCCUGCUGGUGAUCUGUCUAAGAAUGCAGCAGACGGAAUAGCUGAAAACCCUUUUCUGGACAACCCUGAUGCUUUCUACUACUUUCCAGACAGUGGAUUCUUCUGUGAGGAGAACUCCAGUGAUGAUGACGUUAUUCUGAGAGAAGAAUUCAGAGGGGUUAUCAUCAAGCAGGGAUGUUUACUGAAGCAGGGGCACCGGAGGAAAAACUGGAAAGUGAGAAAGUUCAUUCUGAGAGAAGACCCGGCCUACCUGCACUACUAUGACCCUGCUGGGGGUGAAGAUCCCCUAGGAGCAGUCCACUUGAGAGGCUGUGUGGUGACUUCGGUAGAGAGCAGUCCUGAUGGUAAGAAGGGUGACGGAGAGAACCUCUUUGAGAUCAUCACUGCAGAUGAAAUUCACUAUUACUUGCAGGCGGCCACUUCCAAGGAGCGUACUGAGUGGAUCAAAGCCAUCCAGGUGGCCUCACGGACUGGGAAAUGAGGACAUCAAGAAUCAUCAAGGUGAAUCUGAUUGGCCAAGAUCCUAUAUCCUGGAUAACAGAGAUGGACUUCAAGGCCAGACAUUGAACUUUUAGUUGGCAUUCUGUUCUGUCCUCACCUUCCUCACAUACUUUUGGGGUGUAUCAUUUUAAUGUAUUGUUUAUUUAAUAUUCACUGUAGCAAGAGUUCUCAAGCCUUGUAGGUCUGUUCCCACAACCCCAACACUCAAAGAAAACAAUAUUGUGUCUGUAUGACCUGCCACAGGAAGUCUGGAGACCUCACAGAUAGUCCAGGAAGUCUCAAGGCUGGCGGAGGAUGAGGCCUUUCAUCCCUUUGUAUUCUGAAUUCUCACUCCUGUUUUUUUUCUCCUCAGCUGAAUAAAACAAUUAUCAUGAUACUCCACACAACACAGAAGGCCUCAGCCUAAUUGUGUGCUUUGCUCUUCCUCCCUUUGGCUCAAUGUCAUUUCUUCAGUAUACAAGGAUGUCAGCUGGGUCCUUAGAAAAGCUGAGCCUGAGAUAGCCUGAGAGGAGUGAAAGAAACAUAUUAAGAAGGGGAAAGGAUGAUAUUAAAACAGACAAAUGUGAAAGGAACUAGAAAUUAGGUGAGGAAACUAACAUAAAUCUAACAACAGGGUUGGCCUAGAAAGAAUAGCAAGGGGCCAUCUUCCCCUGACUGAGCAAGGUAUCAGGUCCUCUGUCUUAUGUGGUGAAGUGACCUAAAGUGACAAUAUUUUUAUGGACUAAUGAACAGUACUGUAUGGUUUCUCUAAUUACACAGAAUCUUAUAGGGAAAAAAGACUGAAAGAUCAGAGACAAGGGACUCUUGGGAAGAAGCAUAAGGACGGACAUCUGGGAGUGGGUGUAAAGUAUGAGGAUGUAUAUGACAUAUUCUAAAUCCCAGAAGCAUCCAUCCCCAAAUCACUUGACCUGCAAUCACCGCAGCCUUAGAGCAAAGGAUAAAUGAAUGGGUGGCCGCAGUGGAAGCUAUAGAGGCCACAUACAGGAACAACAGCAUUGGCUUCAACUUUCCAACCUUAUUUAGCUAUUGCCACCAUGUGCUCAUAUGUCCAGCAUGUGAGCAGUGAAGAUGAAUGCUGAACAUUGUGUGGUAUUCUUCAAGGGAAUGAACAAGUUCUUUGAUAAGUUGGCUAUAUUUCAUUCUGAAUGUUUUGUCCUUGCAAGAACAGAUGCUGAAUCUAGCUGUGGAUUUCUCUUUCUUAUUCAGAGUACUCUAUUUAUAGACAAAGGGUUCACAUACUGUAAUGUCUAGUUAGAUAGUUAUUGUAGUUGGGAGAAGGAAAUAGAUCCAUUUUAUGGGUCUAGCACAUCCCUCAAUCAUAUUUCCUUGAGCCUCUGCUUAGCUCACCAGUUACCAACUCUUAAUUCAUGUUAAGAUCAUCCUUCUUAUAUAUUCAUAUUUCUGUGUUUAGACCAGAACCCUACCAUUUAAUGUCUGGAUUCAUUUCAAGAGCCUCCAAAUGGGCUUCCAUUCCACACAACUACACUCCAAUCUACUCUCUAUAUUUAUCACUAAACUCCACUAGAAACGAAGAACCCUUAAAUAUCUAAUGUUGCUCAUCUUCCAAACCUCAGCUCAUCUCCAGCUGUCCCAUUGCUUGUACCAUAGAAUCUAAUGUUGGUGACCUUCAAUGGUUAAUAAUGUCAACUUGACUAAACUGGGAGAUGCUUAAUGUGUAGGAGUUCAGUUUAGUGCAGAUGUAAAUAUGUCUGUAGGGGGAAUUUUACAAGAUAAUCAGUUCAUGAUAGCUCUAACCAAGUGAGUGGAUAGUUUAAUCCAUUGGUAGAUUCAAGACUAUUGGGAGGAGGUAGACCUCUGCACGGUUGAGGAAGAAGGCCAAUGUGGGUGUAUCCUUGGAAAGUUAUAUCAUGGUCACUUCUGUUAUCACUCUGCAAUGAUUCCUCUCUGCCAUAAUGUGCCCUUCCCUGGUUCACCACACUCAGUGACCCCGGUGGACUAGAACUCUUAAAUUUGUGAUCUAAAAACAGCUCCUUUUUCUAAGUUGUUUCUGAUGGCCAUUUUUGUCACAGCAUCAAACAGAGCAGAUAAACUUGCACAUAAACAAGGAGGUGUCCUUGUUUUGUCAAACAUUAAUUUUCAUAAAAUUCAGGAGUAAGAUGGAAAACUUACUAAGAUCUUAUAUUAAAACGAAAAAGUAAACAAAUAGCUGAGCGGGCAAGAAGUGUCUACUGGUGCUGUAGGGACAUGACUGGUAGGGGUGUAACCAAUGGCUUUCUGAUUUGAUCUGACGCCCACUCCACAGAAGACAAUUCAUGUCUAGUACUAUUGGUUAAAUGCCCAUGUAUGGGGAGGACAUAAGCCCUACCAGGGAGGCUGUUACUUUUGUUUUGUAAAAUAUACAUGUUGUGCCCUUGAAAAGACCUCAUCUCAUGAGUCCCAAAGCUAAGAAUGUCCUCAGACAAAAUUCAAUGCCUGCAAUCCUUAUAACCUAUCUGAUGUUUCUACCAACGAAUUUGAAAAAAAUGCCUUGACUUAGGACUUUGUUCUGUUACUGUGAAAAUUCAUGUAAGUGAUACAACACUGUAGUAGGGUUUUUGGGAAACCUCAAUCUUCAUUCCCAAGCCCUGGUCACUCAUAUUUUGCUCUAGAAUAAACUCUAAACUUUUAUUCCUUUGAAA